AUGCUACGGAAGCUGGGAGAGUUGCCAAAUCAUGACGACAGCGCUGCGGAAGUAUGCCGCCACCUUAGAUCCGCCUUGCUAUCCAGUCGAUCAAGCGGGCAGUGGCAGCUACCACCGUCAGACAUAGCAGUGCGGAAACUGCUGCUGCGCAGCAACAUGGUAGACAAGAUAUCCGCUUCACGUGAGCAAAUCAUGCAUGCCAUGCGGCGGCUUGCUGCAAUGAACGGACUGCCCACAAUGAAAACAUACAAUGGUUUUCUCUGGCAGCUGCUUUUGACACUAAACCGCAACGAUCCCCAACGCAGAGAUGCCUGUGACAAGGUGUGGUGA